UCGAUCAAUUGACCUUUACACGCGACAACGACGAACAUUUUGAAAUAAGAUUUCAGAAAUCCGAUCGAUUAAAAAUCCACUUGCAAUCAUCUUUUCACAUUUGCGGCGAAGGGCUUUGCCUACGAUCUCCUCCUCCUUGCAUAACUAUCUCAAACGAAGCCAUGCUUAAGGUUUUGACGAACCCAUGCGCUCAUGCCAUUACUGCUUUCCAUUACUUUCAUCUUUCUUUUGAUGAUGCCUCGCACGGACGAAUUCGAGCAACAGGUCUCGCACAUCUGUGUCGGACCCUGUCGCGCGGCAAUCACGAGACAGUUGCCGAAAGAGCGUGUGAACCUCGGCCCGGUCAUAGUUCAGGAGCCGCUUGAGAGCUUGCGUCCCUUUUACUUCACUGCUUCUCCCUCCAUCCUUCAGCCGCUUUCGGACAACGGACUGAUCGUUGAUGGGCGAGCCUCGAUCACUCACGCUCCGCUCUUUCAACGCCCUGGACCUUCUCUUGUCCCCCAGUGGGUUGGGAGGAGGUGAUGGUUCAGGAGAAGCUUCUCGCAUGCGCUCUUGCGAAAUUUCGAAGAAGCGGCCCCAUGGCACCUUGAUCAAGCCGCUGCUCCCUCCUUCUCCGGCCAUUCCGCUCUUACUU